UGUAAAAAAACAAACAAACAAAAAAGAAUCAAGAUUCUCACUCCUGUUGGUAAAAUCAUCGAGGACCAAAAUUUGAAGCAUCCAAAAAACACUCUCAAUAAAAAUCCCCUAAAGCUGAUUGCUUGUGCAAUUGAGGAGGCUCAAGGUUUUGGAGCUGUCUACAAAUGGCUGAGAUUGUCGAAGCAGAUAAUUACGAAGGCAUAAUCACAAGAAUCGAGCACAAGUCCCGCAAGAUCGAAAGUUUACUCAAACAGUAUAAACCAGUGGAAGCUCUGAAAACAGCUCUAGAAGGAUCACCUCCUAAGACCAAGGAUGAAAGAUGCAAGUCUGCUAAUUGGAUAGUGGUGCAUAGGGCUAUAAUGGCUAUCAAGGAUGUGGAUAGCUUGUUCUCUGCAUUGGAUCCUGAGUAUUAUGAUAUUCUCAUGAAGUACUUGUACAGAGGUUUGUCUACUGGAGACCGCCCAACAUGUGACCAAUGUCUAAGGAUCCAUGAAAAACUAACAGAAAAAGCUGGUUUGGGAUGCAUACUGCGUUGUCUUGCUGACACUGUGAAUACUGUGUGACUAAUACGCUGGGUACUGUAGCAAUUUGUAUAUGUCUUAUCUUUGCUUUCUGAUUGAAUAUUGAUGUUGAGAUUGAGUUUAGCCUAUUUUCAAAGGGCUGAUUCCUCUCCUUUAGUCGUAUGUAUUCUUCGCGACAUAUAACAUAUGAACUGUACCAAGGCAAUUUGAGAUUUCUCCCAUCCUUUAGUGCAUUUUGUGACUCUUGA